UUGUGUGUGCCGUGCGUUGCCGAACCAGAGAGCAAUACAGCAAGAGAAGGUGCGUCAUUUUCAGCAAUACAUCCUCUCGACAUCUCCUCAUGCAGUAUUGGCGCUGUACGAGAGGUGCACCAGUAUAACGACGGCGGUUGCUUGGGGAGUUGUAGCUCUAUCCGACAGCAUCAGGGAACAGAAGCGGGGGAGGCUUUGUUGCGAUGGCGAUGAAAGAGUUCGAGAUGUCGGAUGUCACGGCAGGAGGCGAAGACACGGAGGCAUUCUACGGGGCUGACGGGGGCAGCAACGGGGUGGACGCGGGGCAGCUGCUGGGCGGCGGGGCAAAGCUGAGCGAUGACUCUGCUUCCAGGGGAGGGGAGGCUCAGACGGUGUGGUGCGGGUGCUUGUCCUUGGCCUUCUACCAGCAGUUUUUCAGAGUGGACACGAAGGACGUGACUGAGAGGUGGCUUCACAGCAUUCUCUCCUGGAGGCGAGAAACGGGAUUCCUGGAUCUAGUCGCAGACAACCCCGACGCAUACGGACCGUUCUGGAACUCCACGUCGCUGAUAUUUCUGAUCGCGUUCACCACCAACCUCAGCGAAGGGGGCUACGAUCUGAACACCCUCGUCGUUAGCACUUGGAUCGUGUACGGUUUCGCGGCGUGCGCCCCGCUGGCCGUAUGGCUUGUGCUGAACCAGAUGGACUUGCCGGUGCCGCUCGUGAAGCUGGGGUGCAUGUACGGGUACUCGUUGGGGCCGUACCUCCCCGCGAUGCUCGUGUGCGCGCUGCCUGUGCCCUACAUGACGCUGGUGGCCCUGUCCGCCGCGGGGACCCUGUCGGUGGUGUUCCUGCUCCGAGCCCUGACUCCGGUCUUGCUAGAGCGGAACGUGGCGAUGGCGUCGCCGGUGAUGGCAGGGUUAGGGGUGCUCCAAGUGGUAUUCACGCUGGUCAUCAAGUUCGCCUUCUUCUAAGCCCCCCCGUAUUCUCACGUAAUGAGCCAGCCCCCUUCCGCUGCCGGUGGAUAGGAAGAAACGAAGGGAAUGAAUAAGCUAGCUCCACCGGGGGAACAUCGUGAAAGCUUUCGCUGCCACAUCGAAGGAGGGGCCAACAUUUGUUGGAGUCGCUCGGCCUGGCCUUGUGUGUGCCUGGGUUUGUUGUGGGGUAGAGUAGAGGUCCCUGUUUAGUGCCGGUUAUAUUGCCGGUGUUUUCGGCGGGCACUCACUGAAUUUCCGAGUCAUCGUCGAAGUGCCGGACCCGUAUAUAUUGAUGGUGCCGAUGAACUUUCUGGACGCAUGCUACCGGCACUAAACAGGGACCUCAACUGUUUGUGUCGAUUCUGGCUUGGUACGGGUCAGCUUGCAUCUGCGCGCUACCGACACACCUGUCUGUCUCGUGUCGUUCGCAGUUGGCGUUGAGCCAUGCGUGGAGCGAGCGCGUCGUGAGUUGGAGAGGGCUUUCGUUGGUUGACCCACACUCGAGAAAGCGUGUAGUGCCCGUUAGUUUGCCCUACUUACUGUAGUGUAGUUGGGUAUCGGGGUACAGAUUAAGAUUAUCGAUGGCACCGACCGGCGAAAAAAGAGGAGAGAAAGUGGGAGCUCCGUCAGGGAGCCUGGGUAUGUUCUCCGUCGGGAAAGUUCCCAAAGACAUACUUGUGUACGUAUAAUCACUGGAAGAUAACCGUUCGAGAGGAGAGGAUGAGCAAACUCGCGAGAUUUCUCGCUUGUUGCUUGAUGAAAAC